ACUGAUAAGGAUAGGUGAUACGGUUGAUCCCUGAUUAUAAUUUCCGAAACGCCCCAAUAUUUAUAAUACAAUCACUGUAUUUCGAAUCAAUAAAUAAGAGUCUAGCGUUAUGUAUAAACAAGGUUAGUGCCUAUAAACAAGGGCAUAAGUAUAAUAAUAUACUAAUUAAUUAUUCUUUUAUCUAUGGUCCAGUACUCACCAUUUUAUAAAUUGGCACAACUUUUUUCAUUCGAAUAUUAUCGAUGGUUUUAAGCUAUGAAUUGAAUAGUUAAGGGUUAAUGCAGAGAUGCGACGUUGGUUACAAUUAUUUAUAAUACUUUAUUAUAUACUUUUUAAAGGAAUUGUUGCCCAUAAUAAUAUAGAAACUCCAAAAAAUAUAACUAAGCACCCACCAUGUAAAGCAUGUAGGAUUUUUAUAGAAAGUUUUAGAAAGGGCAUAGAUCGUACAACAAAUUACAAAUUUGAAGGUGGUGAUACUGCUUGGGAAGAAGAAAAAUUGGGCAGCUACGCUACCAGUGAAGUGCGUUUUAUAGAAAUUCUUGAGAAAUUGUGCUCCGAACUUAAAGACGACAAAGAUCAAUGUUAUCAACUUUUAGAAGAAUUGGAAGAAAGUCUAGAAGAAUGGUGGUUUACAAAACAAUUCACAGAGCCGGAUUUAUUCAAAGCCAUAUGUAUAGAAGAUUCCAAGGUUUGUUGCCCAAGUUUACAUUAUGGAAAAGACUGUACUCCAUGUCCUGGUUUCCCAGAUAACAUUUGCAACAAAAAUGGUAAAUGUAAAGGUUCUGGAACUAGAAAGGGGGACGGCAAAUGUCAUUGUGACAUUGGUUAUGGCGGAGAUUUUUGCGAUAGUUGCGCAAAUGAUUAUUAUAAAUCAUACAAGGAUGAAAAUAAAUUAUUAUGUUCCCCUUGCCACGAAUCCUGUUUAGAAGGAUGUAAAGAAGCCGGACCCGCAGGAUGCAAAUUUUGCAAAUCUGGUUGGAUAAAAGAUGAGGAAAGAGGUUGUAUAGAUAUUAACGAAUGCGAAGCUAAAAAAAGUCCUUGUUCACCUCUACAAUUUUGUGUUAAUACAAAUGGGGGUUACAAAUGUUUAGAUUGUGAUGUAUCCUGCGCUGGUUGCACUGGAGAUGGUCCUGAUAUGUGCAUUGAGUGUGCUAGUCAAUAUUUUAGGAAGGAUAAUUUUUGCAUAGAUUCAUCCGAAGAAAAUCGUAAAAAAGUGGCUUUUUUCACUAGAUAUUUAACAUAUUUGGGUUUAUGUAUAGCAACGUAUAUAAUACUAAACAAAAACACAUAUAUUGCAGCCAUUGUCGGCUCUUGUGUAGCUAUUUAUAUAUCAAUAUCUGAAUACACAUUAAACUGGAAAGUUGUUCCAAAUGCCAAUUUAGAGAAACAAGUAUCUGAUCAUGUUAUGAAGGCGUUCAGUAACCACUAAUUAUUGAAAAUAUUCUUUGGGCAAAACUUCAAUUCAAAUUGGGUCUUUUACUUUCAAUUUUUUUGUCACUUAUUUUUAAAUAAAUAUACAAUAAAAUCUUCUGGUGUUGA